AUGGCAAAGAAGACCGCACCGGCAGGAGCCCAGAACACCAAGCAGAAUGCUUUGGCUCUCAAGCGCUACCUUCCGCGCAAGCUUAGAGAAGCUGCCGAGGACGAAGCCGCAGUGGAGAAGGGAGUUGGACACGACCUGAUCAUCUACAGUUUUGAUCGCCCUACCGGCCAGUAUGGAUACACGCCCUUUUCGAUUCAACUGCGUCUUCGCCUGCGCCAUGCCGGUAUUCAGCACGUAGACCGCGCUGCCAACAUCUUCCAGGCACCCAAGUACCGGGUGCCCUAUGUCAAGCUUGCCGACUCGGACGAGCUUGUGGGCGAGUCCCAGUUUAUCAUCAAGCGUCUUGUGCAGACCGGCAAGCUCCAGGAUCUUAACAAGGAGCUCUCUCCCUCCGACCAGGCCAAGGAUGCCUGCAUCCGAGCUAUGCUGGAGGAUCGCGCUUACUUCCUCAUUUUGUACGAGAGAUGGCGCGGCCAGUACGAGAUGAUGUGGCACGACGGCCCCUUCUCCCACUUUGUUUGGGGCGCCAAGCAGAUCUCUACCCAGGCGGCUCGCGGCUACGUCAACUCGCAGCUGUGGUUCCAGGGUGUCGGCCGCUAUUCUGACGAAGAGGUUAAGGCCUUUGCCACCGACGUUAUCAUGUCCCUGAACGGCUUUUGCGAGACCUCGCUGUCGAAGCUGAGCCUCGAUUCGCGGGAGUCCCGAGAGCCCUUCUGGAUCCUGGGCGGACAGCGUCCAUCCGAGGCUGACUUCAUCGUCUACGGCAACCUCGCCACCGUCCUCGGCACCACUGUUAACCCCGUCCACGCUGCUCUCAUCCGUGAGAAGCCCGCCUUGGUAGAGUACAUGGGCCGCAUCCACGAGCGUUUCUUCUCCGAGUACAAGUCACCUGUUCACGCUUAA